UGCCCUGGGAUUUCCAAGAAAGCCAGGGGGGCCACUGCAGGACACUUGGCUUGUUACGAAAUUUAAUGGAGAGCGCCAGUUAUUGGAGUGAUGUCUACACAGAGCAAAAGGGGGUGGGUACUGGGGUGGAGAAGCAAGCUGCAACUGCCGAACCUUAAAAGAAAGUUGAAGGUUGGAGAAUGAAUUAUCUCACAUUGGAUAAGGACUGCAGCAUUCAAGAAAAAAUAGACUUAGAAAUUCGAAUGCGAGAAGGAAUAUUGAAACUCCUUUCUCUGAUCACUCAGAAGGACCAGAUUUUACAUGCAGUUAAGAAUCUCAUGGUGUGCAAUGCUCGGAUAUUGGCUUAUACAUCAGAGCUACAGAAGUUAGAAGAGCAGACUGCAAAUGGAACUGGAAGAUGUGAUGUGAAUUUUGAAAAUAAAGAACGAACAGCAUGUAAAGGAAAGAUUGCCAUAUCAGAUGUUCGAAUACCAUUAAUGUGGAAAGACUCCGAUCACUUCAGCAAUAAAGAACGUUCACAACGAUAUGCCAUUUUUUGUUUGUUCAAAAUGGGAGCUAAAGUUUUUGAUACUGACAUGGUGAUUGUGGAUAAAACAGUUACAGAUAUAUGUUUUGAAAAUGUAACCAUAUUCAGUGAAGCAGGGCCAGACUUUCAGAUAAAGAUGGAGGUGUAUAGCUGCUGUACAGAAGACUCCUCCAUAGCCAGCACACCUAAGAAGCUAGCAAAGAAACUUAAGACAUCCCUAAGUAAAGCUACAGGAAAGAAAAUACACUCUGUGCUUCAAGAGGAUGAUCAUGAAAAGUGCUUGCUCUUCAGCUCAGCUGUUUUUGGUGCAAAGUAUCAUUUGCUGGCUUAUACUACUCUAACCUUGGAAAGUGCAGAGGACAGCUUCAAGACCCAUAAUCUGUCUAUUAAUGGAAAUGAGGAGUCCUCAUUCUGGCUUCCCCUCUAUGGCAACAUGUGCUGCCGAUUGGUCGCCCAGCCAGCUUGUAUGGCUGAGGAUGCCUUUGCAGGAUUUCUUAAUCAGCAGCAAAUGGUAGAAGGUCUGAUUAGCUGGAGAAGGUUGUAUUGUGUUUUGAGAGGGGGGAAGCUGUACUGCUUUUACAGUCCAGAAGAAAUUGAUGCUAAAGUGGAACCAACUUUGGUAGUGCCUGUUAACAAGGAAACCAGAAUUCGAGCAAUGGAUAAAGAUACCAAGAAAAGAAUCCAUAGUUUCUCUGUCAUCAACCCUGUUGCUGGACAAGCUAUCACUCAGAUUUUUACAGUUGACAGUAGAGAAGAUCUUCAGAAGUGGAUGGAAGCCUUCUGGCAGCAUUUCUUUGAUCUUAGCCAGUGGAAGCACUGUUGUGAAGAACUUAUGAAAAUUGAGAUUAUGUCACCACGGAAACCACCUUUGUUCUUGACAAAAGAGGCGACCUCAGUCUACCAUGAUAUGAGCAUUGAUUCACCUAUGAAAAUUGAAAGUUUAACUGAUAUAAUACAAAAAAAAAUUGAAGAGACAGAUGGACAGUUCCUUAUUGGUCAGCAAGAAGAAGCCUCCCCACCUCCUUGGGCUGUACUCUUUGAUGGUAAGCAUAAAAUGGUCAUUCAGAAAAAGAUACUGUCUCCUGAAAGUGAACACCUACCUGAUGGGAAAGGGAAAAAGAGACGGGCUCCUCUUCCUCCUUCUGAUAAACCUCCAUUCAGCUUAAAAACACAGAGCAACUCAGAACAACCUGUUAAGGAUGACUGGGGAAAAACAAGUACGCCCCGAACCUCACCUUUGGAGACCAGACUGUCAACCCUAAUGCACCACUUACAGAAGCCAACAGCUGCUCCUCAAAAACUGCUUCCUGCCAGGAGAGAGAGUUUAACUGAUGGUAACCACAUAGACACUAAAACCAGCUUUGAAGCCAAGCCAGUGCCAACCCCAAGGCAGAAAUCCAUCAAAGACAUUUUGGACCCCAGAUCAUGGUUGCAAGAUCCUACUAAAUUUAUUUUACCUAUUACUAUUUAUUAAAAAUGGAAGCCGCCUUGAUUUAGAGACAACUCAUAUAAGGGGCUGUGCUAAGAAACCAGUGUCACAGAGGAUAUGGAGGUUGGGCUAGGCCUUGAAGAACAUAGGAAGAAGUGGAAGCAAGGAGGGGUCCAUUGAGAAGAUGAACCUGCAGCAACAAAGGUACGGGGUGGGGGGUACUGCUGCCUGGAACCUGACGGCUUUGGGUGACAGAUUGUGGUGGCCCUACAAGGUGAGUUCACAUCCUGUAGAACCUUGAAUACCAGGCUGAGAGUAGUGUGGACUCACUCUAGGUUCUUGUCUAUUGGAGACAUGAUGAUUCCCAUUAUUCUUUCUAGGACAAAGGGAGUAUGCAUUUCCCGUUGAAAAAUGUUCUCUCCAAAAAGGCUUCAUAUUUAUACUAUCACCAAUAUGCCAACAUUUUUUAAGAUUUAUUUAUUUAUUUGAAAGUAAGAAUUACAGAGAGAGAGAGAGAGACCAGAUGGAGAUGGAAAGAAUCUUCGAUCUGCUGGUUCACUCCCUAGAUGGCCACAGGUAUUUGGGAGUGAACCAGAGGAUGUAAUGUCUGUCCAUCUCUCCCUCUUUCUCUCUCUCUCCAUCUAUACCUUUCAAGUAAUAUGGAGAAAAAUAAUUUUUAUAGUAUGAUAUAUUUUUGAAUUUGACAACUUUGGCUUUUGGUGGGAUUGUGCAUCUAUACCUUAAUUGUUCAUUUGUUUUUAUUUUUCUGUGGAUCGCAUAUUUAUAUCUCAGUAUUCUAAUUGGUAUUUAUGUUUUGUUUAUAGAUUUUUUUAUUGUAUUACAGGUUCUGUCUCCUUGUUUAUCAUAUGCUUGCAAUAUUUUUUCUGAGUAUUAUUUGUCAUACAACUUGGAUUAAAAGUAUUUUUUCCAUAAAGAUGUUUUUAAUAUUUAUGUAGCUAAAGGUACAAAUCUUUUUUUAAAUAUAAAUUCCAGGCUUCAUCUGCAUAGAAGGAAAUGCCAAAACUAUAAAAGCUAUUCCAAUAUUUUCUCCUAGUACUUAAAAUUUUUGAUACAUUUACAUUUACAUGUAUUUGAUCCAUCUGGAAUUUAAUUUAGUUUAGGUGUGAAGUAGAAGCUUAUUUUCAUUUUUGCUACUGAUUUGAAAUGCCUAAUUAUCAUAUGUUAAUUUUCUGUGUGUGAGUCUGCUUUUGGUUUCCAUUCUGUUUCUUUACUCUGUGAUGAAAAGGCCCAACAUUGGUUUAAUAACUACAAAUAUAUAUAUAUAUAUAUGUGUGUGUGUAUAUAUAUAUAUAUAUAUAUAUAUAUAAAGGCGUGUAGGGCAGAGCACAGUAGUUAGGAGCACAGAUGCAGUGUAGUAAACAGGAGCUGGGACUUUGCAGCCAGGUGACAUUUACCAGCACUGAGACAUCGCUUAAUCAUUCUGUCCUUCAGCUGUCUCUCAGUGUUCCCGCCUCUAAAAUAUGGGUAAUAAUAGGGUGAUCGUGAAGAUUUAGUGAGUUUCUCUAUUCAAAGUGCUUAAAGCAGUGUCCACCAGAUUGUAAGCAUUUAUAAAAGUACUUAGUAUUAUUGUCAUCAUUUUCCCCCAAAUGUUCUUACUUUUCUCACUCAUGAUUCUUAGAAUUGGUCCCUAAAAGGGCUUGUUAAGGGAUUCUCGGAAGACAGUUCCCUUCCCAUGAGGAAUUCUGAUGCCAGCUGUUAAGAAAUUUUAUUUUUAAACAAUAUGUAUUUAUUUGAAAGGGAAAGAGAGACACAGAGAUCUUCUAACAGUUGGUUCCCUCUGCAAAUGGCCCCCACGUCCAGGGCUGGCCUAGGCUAAAGCCAGGAGCCGGGAACUCCAUCCAGGUCUACACAUGGGUGGCAGGGGUCCAAGGACCUGGGCUGUCAUCCACUGCCUUCCCAGGCACAUUAGCAAGAAACUAAAUCAGAAGCUGAACAACCAGGACUCAAACCAGCACUCAGAUAUGGGAUGUGGGCUUCACAAGAGGUGGCUUAAGCCACUGAAUCACAAAGCUAGUCCCAAGAAAAUUUAUUUCUUUAACCUUGAAAAUAAUAAGCACUCAAUAAAUGACAGCCAUGAUUAUAGUAAUAGUUACUAUUUGGGAAGGACUGGGCAUGGUGCAAAGCUAGUGCAUCCUCCUCAGAUGUUCCUUCUCCUCCUUUCCUGCUUGGAGAAGGAAAAGAAAAAAAGCCGGGUGGGCCACGGAGCGAGGGUGCAGAAGCAGCGGCUCCCUUUCCUUCCUUUGGGAGAGUUUGUAAAUCAGUCUCUGUUCUUCAGAGCCCUCCGCUGUAGUCCUUGCCUUUAUAGAGCUGCUGAGGAAGUGAGAAACGACUGUCCCAUCUCUGUUUCAGCCGUGGAUCUCGGAGACCUGUGGAACAGAAUGCUCCCAGAGCUGCAUGUAGGGGUAACGUGGGCUUUGGUGUGGAGAUGCUCGGCCUGCAGCACAAAUCAGCAGGCAUGGAAUCUGUCACUUAGGAGCCUUCUAAAGAAUUUUUUGAAAUACCAUGUGUCCCUUAUAUUUUUAUGUUAGCAUUUAAAAUUGUUAGUCAUAAACUUGCUAGUUAUUUUUUAAUGAUAAUUAGAAUUUUCCAGUAAGUGAUGACAUUUUAAAAUAAAGGAUUACAUCACUCUAAUAAAAUUUAAACCCCGUAGAAAUUGAAUACUGUCAUCAGCCAGAAACACACACGUGUGUGCACACUUGGGCCAUCACCUGCCGCCUUCCUAGGCACAUUAGCAGGGAGCUGGAUCAGAAGUACUCACUGCACCAGUGUGGUCCCUUCCUUUUUCUCCUUGAACUCAUUUUAAUUCCUCUUACCCCCCAAAGUUUUAUUCUUAUAUAAUAUGUUUAUUUUCAAGUGUUUUAUUAAUUAUCCCAUUAGAAUUCUUGUUUGCAUAAAUAAAAAUACAAAUUGAAAUUUUAUUUCCUGUGACCAUGAAGCCAUAGGUGUUCACACAAAGUUUAUCUUCUGGAAAAAUUGAUCAAAAUGACCUAAAUAUGCUUUUAAUAUUUCUAUGAGUAAUUAUUAAACAUAAAAUUAAAGGUUUAUUAAAAUACACACCUGUAUAAAAUGGAUAGGGUUUUAAUUUUCCAAUUAUCUCAAGUAUGCAUGGAUGGAUAUUACUUAAUGCUAGAAUGAGAUAGCAUUCAGAAACAGCUCUGUUCUUAUUCUUGGUGUUUAUAAAUAUCAAGGCUGAGAAAUCUGGCUUAUAAAAAUAAGUGUUAAGUCCUGGAAACUCUUUUUUACAUCAACAUUGAUUUAACAUUUGUUUAAAGAUUUAUUUAUUUAUUUGAAAGACAGAGUGACAGAUACAGAGAAAGAUCUUCUAUCCACUGGUUCACUCUCCAAAUGCCCACAACAGCCAGGGUGGGGCAAGGCCACAAGCAGAAGCUAGCAACUCCAUUCAAAUCUCCCACGUGGGUGGCAGGGGCCCAAGUACUUGAAUCAUCAUCUACUGCCUUCCAGAAUGCAUUAGCAGGAAGGUGGAUCAGAAGUGGAGUAGCCAGGACUUGAACCAGGCACUUUGAUAUGGAAUGUGGGUGUCACAAGCAGCGGCUUACCCUCCUGCACUGCAAUGCCUACCCCAAAAUCACUAUUUUGAGUGGCUGCAUUGUCAGCCAAGUAGUCACAAUACCUUGAGGCCAAACUUCAUGGGAAGUUUUGAGAUGCGUUGAAGGGAUGCAUUUCCUUUGCCUGUGCAAGUUUUCAAGAAACAGAAUAUGGGAACAAGAUGUUUUUCAGAGAUCAGUAUCUGUGAAAGGAAUGGGGAGGAAACAGAUCUGGUUGGAGAAGGAAUUAGUGAAGCGUCGGCCAACCCAGCAGAUAGCUCUGAAGCCAGUACUGCCACCAUUAGAGUCAUCUUGGGGACCGACCUUCAUAGCUUCACAGGCUCCAUCAUCGAACCUAGGACUGUCUUGGGAAGAGCGUGACCUCAAGCAGGGCGGCCACUGAAGCUUAGGCAGCCCCCACCACUGAUGUCUGGGGGCUGGCUAUUGGCCAUUCUCUGCAUAGAAUGGGCAGUGUCUGAGGGUCCUGGAGAUGCCGUAGCCAACUACACAAACCUUUAAUGUAAAGUAACAGAGAUUUGUUCUCUCACAGUUGUGGAGACAAGAGACCCAAAGUCAAGAUUUUCGCCACAUGGGUUCUUUCAGAAGGUUCUGAGGGAGAAUCUGUUUCAUGCCUUUUUCUCAGCUUGGGUGGCUCCUGGCAGUCCCUGGCUCUUCUGGGUGCUCUUUGGCAUGUAGAUGCAUCACUCCAGUCUCUGCCAGGGUCUCCACAUGGCGUUCACCCUCUGUGUUGAUGUAUCUGUUUUCUUCUUUUCCGUCUUACAUAAGGUUACAUUAUAAUCCAGGAUGCUUUAACCUCAAGAUCUUUAAUCACUCUGCAAGGAGCCCUAUGAUAUAUAAAUUCAUAUUCUAAGGCUCCAGGUCAACUUACCUUUUGGAGAUCACCAGUUCAACCCACUACACACAGAAGGUUCUCUGUUGAAUGAUGCUACACAUCACAUCUCCAUAACUACCACAUUUUGUAAAAUGGAAAAACAGUAAGUACAAAGGGAAACUGAAAAGAAACAGAACAAAUGGGAGGCUUAGCGGUCAAGCAGGUUGCCAAGCAGAUGAGCAUUAGAAAUGAGCACAUAUGGAAGUUGAGUGGAAAUUGACACUCCCUGAAAAGUCUUUGGAUAGCCUAGGGUGACAAGUAGCCAAAGCCAGGAGCCAGGAACCCCAUCCACAUCUCACGUGUAUGGCAGGGACCCAAGUACUUGGGCCAUCACCUGCUGCCUUCCCAGGCAUGUUAGCAGGGAGCUGGAUCAGAAGCAGAGCAGCUGGAAAUCGAACCAGUGCUCCAGUAUGGGAUGUCAGCAUCACGAGUGGCAGCCUACCCAACUUGACCAUGACACUGGCCCCACUGGUUACAUUUUUAGAGCAGCAAGACCAAGAAUUAAGCAGGUGCUUUAAGCAUAAGACUUUGAACUCCUUCCUUUCUGCCAUGCCUCUGAGAAAGCCACAGGAAUGGCCCCAUUUAAUAGCCCAUUAAAAAGAGAGUCCCAACUCUAAGCAGUUUUAUGUCACAUUACAGCCAUUGCUCAUUCAGAACUAAGAAAUCACUUUUCCAAAUCACCUUCUCAUGGUAUGUCCCAAACUCAGCCCAUAUAAGUCAUAGACCAAAGGUAUGGCCCCUAUAAUUACAUUUUUUUGUUUCCAACUGUGGCUGUAAUUCAUCCUACCACACACAGUUGCCAUCCCGACAUAGAGACCCUCAAGGGCACAGGAAUAUUAGGAUGACAAAGGGAGGCCAGUGUGAGGCUCUCUAAGAGGUGAGUCUGGAGUUGUCUCUGAUGUGAGAGGGAAGUGAUGUCCCAGUGUAUCUCUGAGAUGAGGGCAAGUGCUCCCCUUUCCUUAACAGGUCUUAAGUGGCAAACCUCUGAUUUUCAUAUCCAACAGGGUCUUGAUGCAUCUCAUGUGUUUUGCUUAUUAUUUGAGAAAGGUUUACAAUUAGAGGAUUUUUGUUUGUUGGAGACAAUGCCAAAAAAAAUCUAUUUAUGAGACUCAGCAGAAGGAAAUGAAAAUUCCUGAGACCAUAUAAUCUCUUCUCCCUGUCCUUUUCCCACCCCUAAUUAAAUUUUUUAAAGGAGAUGAAAGAAUGAAUAUAAUUUAACAGUAGCCUGGGGUUCCACUCUUUCUCCAGGCAAGGACACAGAGAAACAAGUCUCUGGAUACAUGUCUUCUGAAAUAACAGUGAAGGAAAAAUAAUUUAGUAAACUCUAUUUAUUUUUACAGCCAAAGUCACAAUUCUCUUCCCACAGAAUCAAGGCCUAGCAUCCUGAUAUCAGAUUUAACAAUACCAAAUUUCUAUUUUCCAGCAUAAAUACGUUUGGGAAACGGCCAGUGGAAUUUUCCACUUCAGUUAGCCACAGUGGGGAGUUUACAUCAUUACACAAUUGCAAUGAAGUUUAGUAAUGAGUAUCACAAUGGAAAAUUAAUAAAAGCUCAGUGUAGCCCAGCCCAUUCAAGUAAUUGUCAAUUAAGGCUACAAUCAAUACCGAGGUAAUAGCUCAUGAACAAGGAUGGUUGGGUACUUACUUCAUUAAUGUUGCAAAUCAAUGUCAACCAUUUGGGAGUAAGUGCAGAGAAAGGAACUCAUAUACUGAGGUAAUCAUAGCUGGGGAACUCACUGGCUAACAGGAGACGUAGGGAUAGUCUACAAAUAGACAAAUGCCAGGUAAGAGUGCCGACGGCUGAUAGAGUGUCCUGGUUACUAGAAGAUAAAAUCAUUGUGGCCAGCCCUUGAUACUGAAAUCCUUCGAAAGUACCUUUGUCUUUUUCCAAAACUUGGGACACUGAUCAGUUUGCAUUUAUGUCUUCCUUCCUGUUGGCCUUGAAUAGAUACUCAUGUUUUCACUCUGCCUUGAAAAGAAAAUCUUCAUAUUUAUUUCUUCAGUAGUCUUUUGAAGUACCAAGCGGUCUGUUUGUUCAACAGGUGGGCCUGGGAAUUCAUUUGCUUAGAGAAUAUACUGGGUUUAUGAUCACAUUGGUAGGCACUGUGGUUUCCUUCUUCUUCCCCUCCCCCUCUUCUCCCAGUAAUAGCACCAAAACCAAAUAUGUACAUAAUAUCAAGACAGAAUACAUUUAGAAACCUGAUAAUAAUCUUAAAAUUAUACACCUAAUGGAAGGAACACAAUUAUAUAAAAAAGUACCCCAACCAGGGCAUGGUUGUUGACUUUCCAGUCAAAUUUGAAGACAACACAAAUUGAGCACUACAGCCAUACCAUUGUAUGCCAUAGCAUUGUAAGUCUUUGGAUGACACCAUCCAGUUGUCAUCCAAGGACUUUAUUUCCUUGACGUUAUUUCUGAGAAUUUAUGAAUGCCUUCUUGCCUCAUCUCCUUCAGCGGAACAUACAGCCUGUGAUGUGCACAGAGACUUCUAUGCUCUGCCUCUAUUCUUGUAGCUGCUCCUGGCUCCAACCUACUGAACAUUUCUCUUGGUCCAACGGAUGUGACCGCUCACAAAUGCUGUAGUGUUGACAGUGCUCUCUAGAAAAGAGAGACCUGGCGACAAGUCGGGUCAUGAAGUCAGGGACCAGCCUGAGUUAGAAGGCUAAGAGGGAAAUUUCACAUCAACCUUGCAGAUCAGAGGCACAACACCCUUCCACAAUGCUGGUUCCUUUCUGAGGCAUUUUGUGAAGAGUACACAUGUAGAGCACUUCUACCCGGGGCUCAAGGGAAAGCAGCUCUGGGCAAGGUGGAAAUGGCAGGCAGGAAGAGAGGGGUGGCUUAAUUGAUGAGUAUCCCUUGAGUAGAAAAAUGGAAAAGAGGAAGCUAAGAGGUGAGAGAAAUGAGUAAGUACUGGGUUCCUGUUGUUCAUGCCAGGCACUGGGCUAGGUGAUCUAUCAACAGCAUCUCAUGUUCCCUGUCAUCUCGGAUGUCAACCGAAAGUCAGGACCAGGUUUUUAUGGUCCUCUUAUAAGAAUCAGGAAAUGGGGCACCCUGAUGGAGCCAGAGACAGACCCUGGGUGACCCCACCCCUAACUGCACUUAUUGUAAGGUCACCUGCCAGGAGGUGCUUUCUUCGAAGUUAAAAUGUGAAGUGUUUGGUGUAGCACUUCAUGAAGCUUCCUCCUGCACAAAUCCUGCCUCUAUGGAGACCCAUCCCUUACAUUUUAUUCUAGAAGGGCCUAAAUUUGCUCCACAUGAGAGGUAGGGAGAUGGUGACGGCCCACAUUACCAGUUGCUCCUUUUCAAAGACUCAUGAGAUGCAUACAAGCACCUGCCUCCACCAUGUCCAAACACCUUGAGUCCCAGUAAACUGAUCUGCUGCUGUUGCCCAACAUUCAUCUGGGCUCCUCUACUAUUUUUUUUUCUUCUGGAAUAAUCACCAUUUUUCUUUUUCCUGAAAGAGAGAGACUGAGGCAUGCAGACAGACAAAAAUAUUCCAUCCACUGAUUCAUUCCCCAACAGCCAGGGUUAGGCCAGGCUGAAGCUGGGAACCAGGAAUUCAGUCUUUGCCUCUCCUGUGGGUGCUAGGGAUCAAAGUACUUGAGCCAUCUCCUGCUGCCUCCCAGGGUGUGCAGUUGCAGGAAGCUGGAAUUGGAAGCAGAGCCAGAACCUGAACCCAGUCACUCUUGUGUGGGAAGUGGGUGUCCCCAGUGGUGUCUUCACCACUGCACCAGACGCCUGCCCCUCCCUCCACUGUUGGGGCUGCACUCACCAGCUAGCCGUGGGUCAGAAAUGGGUGCUCUCCCCUCUCCUCUCCAGUCACCAUGAAGGAGUUAUGCUCAGUUGUGUCUGGAUAACGCUCCCAGAGGAUUUUCCAAAAAUAGCCAUUUGGAACUCACAACUGUAUUUGUUUAAAGAUUGUUAUUACUUAUUAUCUCACAGAAAAUCCUUUUGUGAGGAACAUAAAAAAGUAUUUGAUUCAUUACUAGAAAGAGCUAGACUGUUCCUGAGUUGCUGUCUUCUGUUUGUUUAUAAAUUUUGUCUGUGCAUCUAGAAACUAACCUUUACUCCUUUCACUGGGUGCUGGAAAACUUUAUAAGACUGCCAUUCACCUCUAUUAUUUUAUUUAUUUGAAAGACAGAGUUACAGAAAGAGUUAGAGACAGAGAGAGAGAGAUCUUCCAUCCAGUGGUUCACUCCCCAAAUGCCUGCAGCAGCUGGAGCUAAGCCAAUCUGAAGCCAGGAGCUUCUUCUGGGUCUCCCACCUGGGUGCAGGGGCCCAAGGACUUGGGACAUCCUCCGCUGCUUUCCCAGGCCAUUAGCGGGGAGUUGGAUCAGAAGUAGAGCAGCCAGGACUUGAACUGGCGACCAUAUAGGAUGCUGGCACAGCAGGCUGAGGCUUUAGCCCUCUGUGCCAUGGUGGCAGCCUCUCUUUAAUGAUUUUUAACCACUGAUUUUACCUUUACCCUAAUUUUAUCCUAUUUAUUUCCCUACCUCCUGUUCUCUUAACCUGAUUUAAUAAUUUAUAUUUUAUGUUUUAAUAAUAUAUGUAUCUCAGUAUGCAGCUUCAAAACUUUUUGGAACUGGGUGCAACAUAAAUACCUAAGAAGUAGAUCAUACAUUCCAACAUUUAUCGAUCACCUACUCUAUGCCAGGCACUACUGUGCUUGGUGCCGAGGCUCUUAAAGGCAGAUGGAGUUUGCCAUAUAAGUCCAUGGCCUGGGUUUGCAGUAGUGCUCUGCGGAUCUCAGAGCCUGGAAACCACAAUCAGGCAAACUAUGUUUCCAUUGAACCUGGAGAUGUGAGAGCCAGAAUCACGGCAAGGAAGGGUCAGUUGUUCUGGUUGUGUGGCUUUGGGUCACCCUUUCCUUUCUACACCUGCAGCAGUGAAUGGGCGUUGGUCUUCUGCAUGCUGGUUGUAUGCAUCAGUCUUUCCUCAAGAAUGCUACACCUCCAGGGCAGUCCAUACCCAUAAACACUAGGCAAGAUCUCCAUUGACUGGGUGGAUAGAUGAAGGGAUGUCACCUCCUGGCUUAAAUCUUCCAGGGUUAAAAAAAUCACACUAAGAACAACACCCAAAUUCUUUACAUUGGCCUGUCGUGAACUAUACCGCCUGACAUCCACUCAGCCCCACCACCUCUCUGACCUCUGCUGUACAGUGAACCUUUUAUUAUUCCCAGGGCUUUGGAGUUUGGCUCCAAGGCCAGAUACAUUUCUUCAUUCACAUCUCAGCUUAAAAAGUACCCCUUUUGAGAGGCUUCCAACCAAAUGAAGGUACCAACAUUGCCACCCACCUCCAUCAGCAUGGACGGAGUGGUCUUGCUUUUGCUUCAUACCACUCUUGUUGGCCGAGUCCCUCACAGACUCCUGAGGUGGCCUGCUGAUUGCACAAAGCCAAGUUGAUUGCUUAGUGCAGCAAGUUGGGAUGCUACUACUUUGACAGAAUCACAGGAGCAUCUUAGAAGGGGCAGGUGAAGGGUGCUAUGUUGAUAUGUUUUUGAGAGUCAUUCAAUGUGGAGAUUGAUUGGAACCAUGAAAACUUUGUGAAAUAAUAGUUUAGAACCAGCAAAUAUAAGGAUGUGAGGGCUUUUCAGGCGGGCUUGAAGAGUAUUUAGACCAGUUGGAGUGUUCUCAGAAGAGGCCAACUACCCUAAUGAGGAUUAGAUUGAGUUCCCAGCUCCUGGAUUGAGUCCCUGGCUCUUGGCUCUGGCCCCAGCUAAGCUCUGGCCAUUGUGGGCAUUUGAGGGAAUGAAACAGUGAUGGGCUCUCUCUCUCUCUCUCUCUCAUAAAAAUUUUUUAACCUGCAUUUUGUAUAAAAUACAGUAUGUGUAAUAUAUGUGAAUCUAUAAUAAAUGUAAUGAUAUAUGAAAUAAAAUAUACAAUAAUACACAUAUAUAACAUUGUAAUAUAUUCUUAUAAGCUUUAUUAUAUAUUUUAUAUAUAUAAUUACAGAAAAAGAGGGAAAAGCAUAAUUAAAAGCUGUGUGUUUGACAUAAUCUACAUUUUGUAGAGAAAUAUAAGACUGACAGUAAAUCUCUCACACACUCACAUACACAAACAUCCAGACAAGGAAUGGACCAAAAUGUUAACGCUGGUUAACAACCCUGGGCAGUAAAAUUAUGGCUGAUUUUAUUUUUAUUUUUCAUACUCCUCUCUAUUUUGUAUGUUUUUUUUAGAAUGGUAUUUUAAAAUGUCACUUUCCUGUUUGAGGGUGGGGAGAGUGGGAGAGUUGCCAGAUAAAAUGUAUGCUACCCUGUUAAAUUUGAAUUUCAGAUAAACUUUGUUUUUUAGUGUAAGUAUACCCCCAAUAUUACCUGGGACAUAUUUACUUUAAAACGUAUUUGUUGUUUAUAUGAAAUUCUGAUUUAACUGGGUGUCUUGUGCUCUGUUGGCUAAGCCUGACAACCUAGAGGGGGGGACAGAGCCUGAGAAUCACUGGAGAGCUUUCUCACACCUGUGCUCUGCUGCCCACCCUCAGUCAGCGCCUGAGUGUGUGCCCACCUCCCUGCCAACGCUCAGGCUGCGAUCUCCUCCCAGGCUUGUCCUCCAAGCUGGGGCCUGAGGGUGGCAUUGCAGGGGGUGCUGUGCCGUGCAGGGUUCUGGGGUCUCCCCAGUUCUCCCUGGUGCGACUUUACUGCAUUCGCACCCACGCCUGUGCUCUCAUUGGCCAGUGUUCAUCAGUUCUGACCCUGAGGGGCAUUGGUGGGCCCUCCCCCAGGGAUGGAGUUACAGAAUAGAAUGGGCAGGCUGGCUGGUAAGGGAGUUCUCUAGGCAGCUGAAAGCCUCUGGCCUUGGAGAUCCAACUCUGAGGCUCUGGAUCUCUCCCAGAGCCUGCGGUGGAGACAGAGGGGUGGCUUCUUCCCCAGAGCACUGGGGUAUCUCAGAUGCUGUCUUCCAGCCUCACUAGAAUGCAUUUCUGCCAGAGGACUCACGUGUCAAGAGAGAACAGCCUUCUUUCAGGAAGGAUCUAGGAUUCCUUGGCCAGUGGUCAAGCACCAGUGUGGCUCCUUAGGGGAGCCGCGAGGAAUUCAUAGCAUUGCCAAAGACCUGAAAUAACCCCAUGAGGCAACACCUCAUGAAAUAAUGCUGGAGGUGCAGGUAGCUAAACAUUAGCCAGGAUGUGUAAACAUGGGCUUCAGAAAGGCGAUAAUUAACAAAGUGUAGGUCAAGGAGCAAAAGAAGAGAAAGAGUAGGCUUUGGACAAGGCCCCUGAACCCUCUAAGCUUCACUUUCACUGUUGCAAAAUGGGUGGGUUGAACAAGGUGAUACAAUAGGUACCUUCUAACUUCAAGUUCUGGAAUGUGAAUAUGGGGAGUUAGCUGGGGGAAGGGAGCAGUCUUCUUACGUAGGGAAGAAAAACGAUGACUCUAAUAAAUCCAACAUCAUUUACUGUACCUUUCAGUAGGGAGGAAGAGGAAGGAUUCAUAUUUUUCAGGUGUUUACUCAGUGCCAGCUAUUGAGCAUAUUUGAUUUCAUGUCUAAGCUCUAGAACAGCUCCUGGAGGUCAGUAUUAUUCUCUUCCUGUUAGGGAAAGGGAGUCACAAAUAGGUUCAAUGAUUUUUGUUAAGCCCACGGAGCCAGUAAGUACAAAGCCAGGGCUCGAACCAGGAUUGUCUCUGCCUUAACUUGAUGCUUUGACGGCCGUGACUUGCUGACCUCCCCACUGUUUCUAAGAUGAAAGUGGGGUAACCUGUUUCCUGAGCUCUCACCAGCACAAGGGGAGUUACAGAGACAGGGCCAGAGGGAGGGUCAUCCCCUUCCACCGUGUAACCUUCCCUCCAGAUCUCUCACAGAGAGAAGAAAGAAACCACAUUUCAGUCACUCCCUGGUUUAAUCAUUUCCCAUGAACAGGCCCUGGACAAGAGGGAAGAAAUGUGGGUGCCACUAUUUGCUGAAAGAAGACACUGAGGGAAAAAUAGACGUUGAGGGAUAAGGGUUGGAAAGUCUUUGAUUUCAGAGUAAAUAUUCAAGCAACUUUCCUUAACUAAAGUGAUUGAUCAGGUAGGUGAUCUGGCUACUGUGGGCCUUGGCCAUUUUCAGGCCUCUAUGGGAUAGUCACAAGAAAAAUAUGAACUAGAAAUAUUGGAAACAACCAAUAGCAUACACUUUCUUGGGCAGGAAUAAAACUUUAUUUGUAUGAGCAGUUGCCAUUUAAAUGGUGCUAGCAAUUCCAUUUGGAGGAACAAAUCAUUUUGGGCUAGAGUUAGUUGUCUAUGAAAAUGUAAGAACAAGAGUGAGCCAAAGAUGCUCACAUCUCACCUCAGAGUGCCUAAGUUUGAGUUCUGGUUCUGGCUCCCAAGUCCAGCUUCCUGCCAUUACUAAUGGCUUAAGUAAUUGGGUUUUACCAUCCAUGUAGGAGACUUGGAUUGAGUUCCUGGUUCCUGGCUCCAGUCCAGUCCAGUCCCCAUCAUGGGCAUCUGGGGAGUGAACCAAUGGAUAGGAACCCUGUGUCACUCUAUCUGUCUGUCUCUGUCUCUCUUUGUCUCUCAAAUUACAAAAGAGAAAAAAGAAAAGUAGAUAGAAUUCAUUGCCUCAAAUCCUUUGGAUGGAGUGUUGAGUUCCUUGGGAUCAGAUACUGAAAUGAAGAUCAUGAAGAAGUGGUUGGUUAAGGAAGUGCUCCCAGCAGAGAUGUGUGAGAGUGUGGAGAAAGCAAUCCAAAGACAGAAACUAAGCAAGUAUGUGAUCCCACAGAGGAAUCUGGGAGUGUUAAUUACAUCUCACAGUUGUCCAACCAGAGACAAGAGAUCUGGGUUUUCUACCUUGGUAAAGAGACACGUAGGGUGGGGGAUACUGGUUGUAAAUUCUCAGUUACAUUUAGCUCUAUAAAAAUGUAACCAUAGGCCCACAUCAUGGCACAGCAAGUAAAGCAGCUGCUUGCUAUACCAGCAUCCUGUAUUGGCACCAGUUCGAGUCCAGGCUGCUCCAUUUCCAAUCCAGCUCCCUGCUAAUGGCCUGGGAAAGCAGUGGAAGAUGGCCCAAGUGCUUGGGUCCCUGAAUCCAUGUGGGAGGCCUGGAAGAAGCUCCUGGCUCCUGACUUUGGACCAGCCCAGUGCUGGCCAAUGCAGCCAUCUGAGGUAUAAAUCAGUGGAUGGAAGAUCUCUCUCUCUCUUGCUCUCGCUCUCUCGCUCUCACUCUCUCGCUCUGUGUGUGUGUGUCCUCUCUCUGCAAAUCUUUCUAAUAAAUUUGUUUUUAAAGAUUUAUUUUAUUUAUUUGAAAGACAGAGUUACAGAAAGAGAGAGAGAGAGAGAGAGAGAGAGAGAGAGGCCUUCAACCCACUGGUUCACUCCCCAAACAGCAGCAGCGGUCAGAAGCUGAGCUGGUCCAAAGCCAGGAGCCAGGACCUCCCACAUAAGGGCAGGGGACCAAGGACUUGGGCCAUCCUCCGCUGCUUUCCCAGGUGCAUUAGCAGGGAGCUGGAUCAGAAAUGGAGCAGCUGGAACUCAAACAGGCACCUAUAUUGGAUGCCAGCACUGCAGGCUGGGGCUUUAACCUGCUGAGCAACAGUGCCAGCCCCAAAUCUUUUUUUUUUUUUUUUUUAAUGCAAGCAAAGUGGCUCCAGCCUCAGGAUAUUACUCUGAAGAGUCUCAGGUACCUUAGCAAUGCUGCCUCUCUCUACACCCCCUUUAUAACAUGGAAUUAGCCUCUGAACAGCAAGUAGACAAUUCCAGUAGAUCUGUUCUUAGUACCUUUCCUCUCUGAAGAAGAUCUGAUUAACGUAGGUGGUCGUGAGUAUGGCCAACCUGUUGGAAAGAGCUCCAGUGUGAGGGAAUUCACCAUGAAGAUGGAGGAACUUGGGUGUGCAGCUGACCCUGUUAAUUUAUCUACCUGACCUGGUGGAUUCACUUUAGCAAUGUUGGCUGACUGCCUGAAGGAUCAGUUACAAGCGUAGAAGCCCCAGAGUGGAGCAUGACACUGAAAUGAUAGAAUCAUCCUCCCUCCAAAGUCUACUGCAGUCAUGAUGGCAGUAGUAGGCAAGGAUGCACGGGGCUGAGGGUUAUCUUUUCAGUGGUGCCACAGUUUAAUCUAGUCAUUGCAAUAAUAGAAACAAAAUGGAAGGGGCCGGUGCUGUGGUACAGUGGGUUAAAGCCCUGGCCUGAAGCACCAUCCCAUAUGGGCACCAGUUCUAAUCCCAGCUGCUCCUCUUCUGAUCCAGCUCUCUGCUAAGGCCUGGGAAAGUAGUGGAGGAUGGCCCAAGUCCUUGGGCCCCAGCACCCAUGUGGGAGACCUGGAAGAAGCUCCUGGCUCCUGGCUUCAGAUCGGUGCAGCUCCGGCCAUUGCAGCCAACUAGGGAGUGAACCAGCGGAUGGAAGACCUCUCUCUCUCUGCCUCUCCUCUCUCUGUAACUCUGUCUUUCAAAUAAAUAAAAUAAAUCUUUAAAAAAAGGAAAAUAAAAUGGAAAAAAAGGCCGGGGAGAUCUCCUAGUGGACUGGUCAUGGUCUACAGUUCCUCCCAGUAAAAUAUUUGAAAGCUCCAAUGACUGGACUAAGUUCUGGGGCUCUAGAACAAUACAUUUGGGAGAUUCUAAGAUAAAGAUAUACCAUCUGUUCUUAUAUGACAUUGGUGACUAAACAUACUAAUUUCCAUAUCAAAAACAAAACAGGCCAGGUGAACUACUGGUGUGUGGUCUAAUGUGUGAAGAACUUGGAACCCAACACUGCUGUCCUCAUGACCAGAAAAAGCUGAACCAACUGAAAACCAACCUUUUUUUUUUUUUUUAUCCAUCAGAGAACUGGAGUUACAAGAAAAACUGCUGUCCUGAAUCUUGGAGAGCAUUGAGAAUUCUCUGGAGGAGCCACAGUCCUGCACUAAGGAGCCUGCUGCAUGGAUAAAGAAGAAAUUAGUUGGAGUUUGAGUCACUCCCCCAACAUCUGCUCCGUCACAAACUCUUGGCUGAAAUUCUUUAGUUGUCUACUUUCCUUUGACUGCUUAAUUGUUUUCUGAGGCUUCUCAGAAGCAUUAAACAUUUCUCUAAGUGUA